GAAACUCCCACGACCACCCAAUUCCCAGGCCCAUCUCUCAACUCCAUGGCGUUGCGUGCCGGCACUUUCCCCCGACCCUCCCCGCUCCUCCCCCACGCCCUCUGCUCCGCAGGCGCUCGCCACGACUCACCGGCCCGGGAGUUCACUGCCCUCGCCGCCGUAUUCCGCCGCCGCCUCUUCGCCGGCCUCAGCUCCGCCUCCCUCGUGGCCCUCGGCACCAACUUCGGCGGUCUCACCAGCUUCCUCCUCGACCUCUCGCCGGAGCUCGGCCGCUCCCUGCGCCUCGACGUCCUCUACCCCGUCCAAGGCUUCACUCGCUGCCUCGACUCCACUCACGGCUUCGAGUUUAUAUACCCGGAGAAAUGGGCAGGAGACCAAACGCUUCUCUACAGGGCGAUAGGAAAAGCAGAGGCGGAGCGAUCGCUGGAUCCUCCUCCUUCGAUCAACGGUCGACCGCCUGCCCGACCGGCGAGCGAGCCGGUGGCCGCCUUCGGACCGCCGGGAUCCAACGGCGAGCUCAACGUCAGCGUCGUCGUAUCCACCGUUCCCCGCGACUUCGCAAUCGAGGACUUGGGCGGCCCAAAGGAGGUGGGCGACACGGUGCUGAGGAGGAUCGCGGGAUCGAGGAAAGGAACCGAUGUGAACGCUAUUCUCGUGGAUGCAUCGGUGAGGGCGGACGCUUCCAAGAACGUGAGCUACUACAAGUUGGAGUUCAGUGUGGUGGCGCCAUCGUUUCGCCGGCGCAAUGUCGCCGUCUGCUGUGCUCGGGGUGGGAAGCUGUUCACUCUCAAUGCGCAGGCGCCGGAGGCGGAAUGGCCGAAGGUGAAGCAGGAGUUCUACGCCAUUGCGGACUCCUUCAAUCUUACUGAUGCCUAGAACAAAGACCGAAAGCGAUUCUUUAUAUAUGUAUAUUUUUAUCAAAUACGAGCAUUUUUUAAAAAAAAUCGGUUUCAUUCCCGGAGGUCAUACAAAGUUAUACGAUUGAAAAUUCACAUUCAUUUGAAUAAUUCAUUUAAGUA